CAAAUGUGAUUGGUAGAAGAGUAUCAGUUUGAUUGGGUGGUUCCAGUCAGUCCUCUUCAAAGUAAUAAGCAUUACUUAUAGCAAUUUUAAGUAUUGUGAAUCCUACUUUGAGCUCUGCUGAACUUGAAGACUUACACCAAAAUGUAUUGUGGAGGUUAUCAAAUGCAAGGAACAAUCUUCCCAGCUCCAAAUUUCAACCCAGUUAUGGAUGCUCAGGUACUAGGGGGAGCCCUACAAGGAAUAGGUUGUGAAAAGGACUUGUUGAUUGAUAUUCUAACAAAGCGUUGCAACGCACAAAGACUUAUGAUUGCAGAAGCUUACAGGGACAUGUAUGGCAGGGAUUUGAUUAUGGACCUGAAAGAGAAUCUCUCUCAUCAUUUCAAAGACGUUAUGGUAGACCUGAUGUAUCCACCUGCAUCCUAUGAUGCCCAUGAGCUCUGGCACGCCAUGAAGGGAGCAGACAUGGAAGAGAACUGUCUAAUUGAUAUAUUAGCCUCAAGAUCUAAUGGGGAGAUAUUCCAAAUGAAAGAAGCCUACUUAAUGCAAUAUAACAAUGAUCUUCAACAAGACAUUUAUUCUGAGACUUCGGGCCAUUUCAGAGACACACUUAUGAACCUUGCUCAGGGAACACGGGAGGAAGGGUAUGCAGAUCCUGCCAUGGCUGCUCAGGAUGCAAUGGUCCUAUGGGAAGCAUGUCAGCAGAAAACGGGGGAACACAAAAAUAUGCUGCAAAUGAUCCUAUGUAACAAGAGUUACCAGCAGUUAUGGAUGGUUUUUCAGGAGUUCCAGAAUGUCUCUGGACAAGAUAUAGUGGAUGCUAUUAAUGAAUGUUAUGAUGGAUACUUGCAAGAACUACUGGUAGCAAUAGUUCUUUGUGUUCGAGAUAAGCCUUCCUAUUUUGCGUAUAGGCUCUACAAUGCAAUCCAUGAGUUUGGUUUUCAUAAUAAAACUAUUAUCAGGAUUCUGAUUUCCAGAAGUGAAAUAGAUCUGAUGAAUAUAAGACAACGAUACAAAGAGAGAUACGGGAAGUCUCUGUUUCAUGAUAUCAAACAUUUUGCUUCAGGACAUUAUGAGACAGCUUUACUUGCCAUCUGUGCUGGUGAUGCUGAAGAUUAUUAAAGGAAGAAGAUAAUUAAUUUAGAAAGCUAUAUGAAUCCAUUUUAGUAGAAAUCCAAGGCAUGCAUAUUUUUCUGUAACAAUCGAUUAAUCCUGCGCUAUAUAAAAAGUGGACCAAUCAAUGCUAGCUAUUAUCUACUUUUAAAUCUUUUUUGAAAACAAGACAUGUACAAACUUGUCUGAUGAGGAAAGUGGUUUUCUCCAAACUUGUGAAGAAAUUCUGUUGCUGUGAACUGCAUUAUGUAAUGUAAAAUGAAUACAAUUCUAUUGAACUAAAUUUAUGCAUACUAUUUUGCUUUAUGAUGGGGAUUACAGACUCCACACUAAGGUUAAGGGAAUGAUGAAACAGUAUUGGAACAAGAAGACCCUGUGCCUCUGCAGCUGCAAAGCAUGCUUCAAAUGGAGGACCUGUUUAAAAGAUGACA